AUGACUGGCGCAAAGGCCAGGAGCAAGACCAACAAUUCAACAAACAUGGCAAUUAUCCAGCAGGCGGGCAACGCCCAGCAGCCACAGGCUUCACGCACGAGAUCAGCACAGCAAGCCCAGAAGGAGCUACAAGCUCAGGUGACGGAGACCCAGUCUCUAACCCUGGUCAAGAACCUCAUCCGGGUGUCCAUCAGCACUGUUUGCCAUCUUCGCGGCAUUUUCCCCGCCAAGUGCUUCCAGGAGCGGACCUACGCGGGCAUGAAGAUCUAUCAGCUAGAUGCUGCGACGCGAGACGCCGACACUGAUGAGACUGUGGUGAAAGACCAAGAAGCGUACGACCUCACCAUGUGGCUCGAGUCGGGCGUCUUCAAGGCUGUCGAGCACAGGUACCUCCGUCGGAUGGAGUUCAUUAUUAUGUCUCCUAACCACGAGAACCCACGGGAGGCCUACUCCUUCGACCUUUCCUACCCAGAGGAUCAAGAGGACGAGGCCGUCAUCUUCAGCGGCACGAAGGUGACUACCGUCAAAAGUGCCAAGAACGAGCUCAUCAACCUGAUCCGGUCACUCAUUUCGUUCGGCAACACACUCGGAGAGCUACCCAGGGAGAGGAUUCUCAACAUCAAGUUGUGGUACUUCGAUGACCGUACGCCGCCGGGGUGGCAGCCAGACUACUUCAGAGAGGCCGAUCCCUCCGAGCUCGCCUUCAAGAACGGCAAGUCCGACAAAGAGAUUCACAACAAGCUGAAGAUCAAGAUCGGCGACCUCCAGACUCCUCACCACACGCUCUCGCUGAGGUUUAGGGGAUACGACACGCAAGAGCAGUCGCACCGCGAAGAUCCAGACGCGACAACCGCAGAUGGUGGCAGCAACUCGUCGGACGACAGCGAUGAAGAUAGCGACGGGGAGAGGUCCUGCGACGGCAGGUGGGCCAAGGACAGGAACCUUCUCAAGUGCAAGGCCGGGCCAGAAGAAGACGAGGAAGACGACAGCGACGAUGACGACGAGCAGACAAUGGUACCGGAGACAGUUUCCACGAGGGACGUCUCGAGAAUGGUGUCUGGCAUGAUGACCAACCUCAACGUGUCCUCCAACAACGCCCACCCUAGCGGCGACAAUGACGCCGGGCACCACCAAGCUUUCAAGGCCCAAGAAAAUAUCACCGGGUACGAGGUUCGGCCCGCCCAAAUGACCGUGACGAGCGAGUACGACGCGGCCAGGGCCUGGGCCGCUACGCAGGCCCGGCCGACCCACACGAGUCUCAUGGCCCACCUCGAGAUCACCAGAGAGCUGGCGAGGGAGUUCCUGGAGAAGAUGGUUCACGAAGGACUCUUCGUCAAGAGAAACUUCAAGUACCAUCGGGUCGACCCGCCUCAGGCAUCCUCGCACGCCGUGCAGUCAGGGGAACGCCUCGAGGAUUCUUCGCCGUCUCUUUCUCCUCCGCCGUCAGGGACUGACAUGGAUGUGAUCAUUGACAAGCCAGAAGAGGUGGGCCAUGGCGUCAACGGUGGCGAUGGUGGCGACGAUAAUCUCGUGUCGUCUGAGGUACACUCGGCAAGGGACGACUCGGAAACUCAAGUACCUGCUAUCAUGGCACACGACACUCAACUCCACCAAGAUCGGCGCAACCGUACACCCUCUUCAAUGCCUCCGCCGGCGCCAGCCGGGCGCCGCUUUACGGGCCAGGUUGGACGCCACACCCCCGAAGGCCUUCGUCACGGCUAUGGGGGAGACUUCGCCACUCCGCCGAUUCCCACGCCGUCAGCCCCUCGAAGAGUCCAGGAAAAAAUAAGGUGA